AUGUCCCGUUACAACCUUCGAGCACACCCAUCUGCUGUUGUAUCAGCCAGUCUGAUCACAGACAUUACCGGUAUGCGCGCAAGCCCUCCUCAUCUCACUGACACAUCCCUCUCUAGCCUUUCCUUGGCUAAUGUUAGCCUUUCCGCUGCAUCGGCUGCACACCUCACAGUGGAACCCUCUGAUGUCCAUGUUGUCAGCACGGAGGAGAAAUUUUUUGAACCUAGACAUGAUGUCAGCACAGACAACCCCUUUGUAGAAAAAAUCACAUGGUCUGUGCCUGAGCCAAACAAAACCGUUCGGGUUAGCUUCGACUAUGCCUCUCUCUACGACGACUUCAAGGAGUGUCUCAUUCAAUGA